AUUUUGAAUAUUGAAAAAAAACGGUUACGAUUUGAGAAUUAAAAAGUUAAAAACAGUUAUAUUGGAUGAGUGCACAGCUGAGAUACGUCUGUAGUUAUAAAAAAAUGUUGCGAAAUAAGAAAGUUGCUCCUGUUGUAGCAUCCAAAACAAAUGCAACAAACAGUAACAAGUUAACGACUACAACAUCGAAAUAUAUUCCAAAAACUGUUUCUGAAAGUGUUAAAAACAACAUUGCUACGAAUAAAGAAAAUGUGAUACCGGCAAAUAAACCUACGAGUAGUAAAAGUCAAAAUAUACCACAUAAAGUUAAUAAUGUGAAUAAAAAUCCAACAUCUAGUCAAAAUAAAACUGAGAAAGCUACUUCUACGAUUAUUCCAAUCAAACAAAAAACACAAACAAAUAAAGAACCACCAAAAAUAGCUAUAACUUCACAAACACCGGAGACUCUUGUGGAAAGUGAAGUAGGUAAACAAUCGGAUAAUCCUCAAGAAACUACACCUAAGCAGAAAGAAUCGUGGAUAAUAAAUGAUUUUGAUAUCGGGCGGGCACUAGGAAAAGGUAAAUUCGGGCAUGUUUAUCUAGCACGAGAGAAAAAUUCAAAAUUUAUUGUAGCUUUGAAGGUUUUAUUUAAAUCGCAAAUACUAGCAAAUGGAGUUGAACGUCAAGUUCGCCGUGAAGUGGAAAUUCAAACACAUCUAAGACAUCCAAAUAUAUUACGAAUGUAUGGUUAUUUCCACGAUGAUAGCCGUAUUUACUUAAUUUUAGAAUAUGCAAAAGGUGGAACCUGCUAUGCAAAAUUACAAUCACAACCUUUCGGCCGAUUUGAUGAAAGAACAACCGCUACGUAUAUUCGACAAAUAGCGGAUGCUUUACGUUAUUGUCAUGAUAAAAAAGUUAUUCAUCGUGAUAUAAAACCAGAAAAUCUAUUGAUUGGAGCGCAAGGUGAAGUGAAAAUUGCCGAUUUUGGAUGGUCCGUACAUGCACCAUCAUCAAAACGUACUACGCUUUGUGGAACAUUGGAUUAUCUACCACCUGAAAUGAUAAAUGGAUCAACACAUAAUGAACGAGUUGAUUUAUGGAGCUUAGGUGUUUUAUGUUAUGAAUUUUUGGUUGGUAAACCUCCAUUUGAGACUGAAUCAUAUGAAGAAACUUACAAGAAAAUAAGUCAAGGCAUUUAUUCAUUUCCAUCUCAUGUAACUAGUGGACCAAGAGAUUUAAUUACAAAAUUGUUAAAAAAAAAUCCUGAGGAACGAUUAAGUAUAUCAAAUAUUUUAAUUCAUCCUUGGAUUGUGUCAUAUAAUAACUAAAGUUUUUUAUUUUAU